AUGGCCAAAAGACUAUUGAGCAACUUCUCUUGGAUGACGAGUCCAUACAUCGUGGCUGCACCAAUGAGGAUUAUGUCAGGUCCAGAGCUUGCAGUCGCAGUAUCGAAAGCAGGUGGAUUAGGAUUCAUCGGACCGGGUGCAAAGCCAGAGGAUACUGUGAAGGAUCUGGCCGUGGCACGAAAAUUGUUAGAAGCGAUGUCAGUCACAACACGGCCGGCUUCUUCGACACUUAAAUCUAUCAUACCCGUCGGGAUUGGGUUUCAACUUUGGAACGGUGAUAUAAAUGCCGCUGUCAUCGCUGUCCAGAAGUAUACACCAUGUGCAGCAUGGCUUUUUGCACCUCGCGACGGACAGAAAGAUCUUGAUCAUUGGAUAAAAACGCUACGAGAUGCCUCUCCUGCAACUCAGAUAUGGAUCCAGGUCGGAACACUCCAAGAAGCUGUUGAAGCGGCAAGAAGCAAAUUUCGCCCAGAGGUACUUGUUGUUCAAGGCGAUGAGGCCGGUGGUCAUGGUAUGGCAAAGAAUUGCCUUGGAUUGAUGGCUCUCUUGCCCGAAAUUGCAGAUGCUUUAAAAGAUUCUGGAAUUUCUUUGUUUGCUGCAGGAGGAAUCGCAGAUGGAAGAGGAGUCGCUGCUGCUCUUGCGCUUGGUGCGUCGGGUGUAGCACUCGGUACACGCUUUCUAGCUUCGUCCGAAGCACGCAUCAGCAAAGGUUAUCAAAAUGAGAUUGUCCGAGCCAAUAAUGGGGGAACAUCUACAGUCCGAACAACUCUUUACAAUCAGCUCAGAGGCACGCACGGAUGGCCAGAAAAGUACAGCCCACGUGGUAUAGUCAAUCGUAGUUGGCAUGAGCAUCAAGCCAAUGUAGACUUUGAUAUUCUUAAAGAACGUCACGAUGAUGCAGCUAAGAAGGGCGACAGUGGUUGGGGUCCUGAAGGAAGAUUGGCGACAUAUGCCGGGGCUUCUGUAGGGCUGAUUCAUGAUGUGAGAAAGGCGGGUGAGAUUGUAAAGAGUUUACAAGAAGAAUCGCGAGACAUCUGGAAAGUUAAAUCCAAGAUAUGA